AUAAAUAUGGUGUGAUCUAUGAUGUAACAAGUGCAUAUUUUAGUGAUAAUGAAGACUCCAAAUGUGAAUUUAAUGAAGGAUACCGUAACGUACCUGAUGUUGAAGAGAAGAGUCUUUUGAAUGAACAACCGUCA